CAGAAUAUAACCUUUGGAACAAAACGCUCGAUGCUACUUAUAAACCCGAAUUCAUUUUCAAAAUCGCCUUACUCUAUAUGUAAACAAACCGCUCUGUGCUAUUUUUGGAUUAAAAGUUUCAAAGUGUGCAAAUGCAAAAUUCUCUCGCGUGUCUUUAUUGCAAAAGUAUUCUCCGAUCAGAACGCGACAGAACGAUAUUGUUUACAAAAACACAGUGUUCUAGAAAAGGCAAAACAUUCAGCCACGAUACGUGUUGUCAAGACAACAUUCUUCGCCAAUACUGAGAUGAACGUAACAUUUUGGCUGUGUGUUUUGGUAGCGGUGUUCGGAGAUGUGUGUGCAGAUAUUCUGGCCCAGAUGUCGACGUGUAAAAUAUCCUCAGAGCUCCGAGACCGGUGGGUUCUCUCCGACAGCUCGCGAAAUAAGCUGAGGAUUCGUAAGAAAAGUGUGGUAUUUAAGGAGCCUGGCCGCGUGUUGAGGUACAAGUGUCUCGAAGCUAAGGGAAAUAACACAUAUCUUCUCAGAUCACGAAACAUAGAAUACAGAAAAGAUGGAGUUGUCUGCCUUGGGUUCUCUCCUCUCAAUCGCCCAUCCUCUGCUGAAUUCAAAGUUGUCAGACUCAUAACUGCUUCAACCUUUGGCCAUGAAUUGAUGGGACCUAAGUUAGUGAAUUCCGGUUCAAAUUUAACCAUAGACAGUACUUGUACAGGAGUCAAUCAGCACAUCCGCUUUUUUAUCCACAGAACCGUCCCUGGUUGCAGAUUUGCUAAGGGUCUCCGCCGGACGUGGUUGACCUCACUUAGAUUUGGCUGGAAUAUGACCUUCACGAAAUCUGACUUCAUCAUGACUUUGUCCAACGGAAGUAGUAUUAACUUCCGUUGUGAAAAAAGAGACAAAAAUUUCUAUCUUGUCAGGUCGAUGUCACUUCUUCCCGGAGGUCAGGAUGGGGUAUUAUGUGUGGAUAUAUCGCCCCUCCCAGAAGAUCCGUUCUAUAACUACCAGAUUUCCAGACUAAACGAAGGCGAUGGUCAAACGCUAGAAACGUUUCUCAAGUUUGUACCACGUGGCCAGGUCAUAUAUCCUUAUUUGGACUGUGAAUGGGUAGAGAGCCCCGCGAGGCCAGUGUUUAUUUACCCGCCAUAGGAAACAGAGAUCACCAUGGUAGAACAAAACCUAAAGGCAGUAUGCGAGACAUCUUCACAGCGCUGCCCUCUGUAUCAUCGCCUUCAAACACACUAACCAAUUGGACAAAGAACUGUUUAAGAUUUGUCAGAAUGAAGUGAGGUUAUCUAUCUUUUUCUGAAAAUGGAAAGUUCGAGCGUGAGCUUCUUGUUUUUAUUCAACUGAACUUGCAUGAGAAAUAUUGCAGAAAAAUGCGUUUGACACCGAUGUUCUUACUGGCAUAUCAAAAAACGACAAAACCAUUUAAGACUUCUCGACUUUAAACAUAUUGGGUGUGAGCUUUAGCAGUCAUCCACUUGAUAUCCUGAUCAAUUCUAGUAAUGACCGUCCGAAGUCAUGCGAAAGUCAUGUGAGGUCAAAGGUCGUAACAAACUGUUAAUUUAUCCUUAAAGUAUUUUCUGCAUUGUGUUUAUGUACGAACUACAUGCAUGUAUGUCGAGUUGUUCGAAAAACGUUUCUUUGAGAAACAAAUUGCACAUGAAAUUAUGAAUUUAGACUACUUAAGAACAAAAGAGCUGUUUAUUUUCUUUUCAAACAAUUUUAUUGUUCUUUGAAAAAUAUCCAUUUCACCAACUGCGUGUAAACUUCAUGCGUACUAUUUAUGUAAAACCUCGUUAUAUUGCCACUUUUUGUCCAACCGAUUUUUGGCGUUAUAAGGGAUUUGUAAAGAUAUCGCAGGUUCCUUAUUUACGAAUUGUCAAGAAAGAUUGCAGUAUCCAAUUGUUCUAAUUGCCGUGUUUCGUAGAAAGCGACAAUUCAAGUCAAUAAGGAAAAACGAGGGUUCGUGAUGUAAAAAAAGAAACAAGGGCAUUAUAUCGAGGUUUCACUAUGUUGAUGUUGAUCAUCAUUGUGUCAAAUGUCUUACAGGUAAAAAUGACAACAGAGAGCAAACUAUGCUAAUGAUUUAUUUUGUUCAUAACGAAAUUUUGAAAUAUCGUUAUGGUUGAGCACUGUAUGUAUACACAUCAUACUGAUCACAUUGUAUGUAAACUUAUGUAAAUAUUGACAAUUCCAUGUAUGUAAAUAAAUAAUAUGCAAAUAGACUGUAUGUAAAUAUGAUUGCACAGAAAGAUCAGGAAAAUAGACUUUAUAAAAUUCAUAAUUUCUCGUGAAUAAAUAGAUUUGUUGUAUUAUACAAAUAUUGCAUCAGAAUGAAAGUAUUAAAAACAUAAAGAUGUACAGAA